UUCAUUAUCUUGUAAUAUUCUCACUAAUUAUAAAACGAUGUAAAGGGCCACUCUAUAAGGAUAUGAAUACACUUCAAUUGAUUAUAAUUAGUGCAACUUUCAUAGUAACUCUUGAUGGAACGGAUAACACUAGUAAUGGAAAUUUAUGGAAAAUUGCAGGAGUACAGAUCGAUCGUAUUAUGAAAUUCGACCCAAAAGAAGAAAGAAUUAUUGAAGGAAUUCAUUUUAACCUCUUCAAAAUCUUACAAGAAGAACUAAAAUUUACUUAUCAAAUGGUGAAGCCAAUUCCUGAAAUUUUGACAGGAAGAUUAAAGAAUGGCACGUGGAUUGGAAUGUACGGUCAGCUGGUAAAUAAUAAAGCAGAGUUUGCUUACUUUCCCACCUUUAUCAGAAAGGACCUGUACGAAAUUCUGCACUAUUCAUCUCUGGUGGCAUAUAAUAGUAUCUUAUUCGUUGUUCGAGCACCAGAAGAAAAUCCCAACUGGUAUUCUUUUGGCAAACCUUUUGCUCCUGAGGAGGAAACAUCAGUAAAUUAA